AUGACGAAAUACGUGGUUCAGCGGAUUCUGGGUGCCGAUCAAGAAUACGAUCCACGUGGAAAGGCGACUGUAGCAGCCGGAAGUGUACUGCAGAUUUGCCGAGCGUCCGCCGACCGUAAGGAGCUUUUUGUAAUUAUUUCCAGAAGUGAAAAUCAGCCUCCCCGUCGUACAGUUCGUAACAGACGCAAACGGGACAGUUACUCACCUUCGUCUUCAACAGCGCCAAAGCGAAAGCCAAAGCGACGCCCAUAA